GCGCUUCUCCGGUCCCCUUCUGAGAAGCCCCUGAGCCUCUCUCCCAGGAUCUUGCAGCUCAAGAAGCUGUUCAGGAAGUGGAGCUUCACCCGCUGAAGCAACUUCUGCGGGACGCAGGCGUUCCAGAGGACAACACGAGCAAAGACGUUGUCCAGGUUCCCAAGCUGGCCAAGUCUAAAUGUGAUGGCUAUGCUGCCAGCCCCUCCGAAGCUGCUGGGAGUGCUCCUCACCUUUUCCCUGGGCUCCAUCAGGCUUGUGCAGGGCGGCGCCUACUAUGGGAUCAAGCCACUGCCACCUCAGAUCCCACCACAAAUUCCACAGUACCAGCCCCUGGGUCAGCAAGUACCUCAUCUGCCUCUGGGCGCAGAUGGCCUUAGCAUGGGCAAGGAGCUGCCUCACAUGCAGUAUGGCAAAGAGUAUCCUCAUCUACCCCCGUACAGGAAGGAAAUGCAGCCGUUGCCCAGAAUGGGCAAGGAAGUUGCACCCAAGAAAGGCAAAGCUGAAGUACCAGUAGCCAGUUUACGAGGGGAGCAAGGUCCCCGAGGAGAACCCGGCCCCAGAGGACCACCUGGGCCCCCCGGUUUACCAGGCCACGGGAUUCCUGGAACCAAAGGAAAGCCGGGGCCACAGGGCUAUCCAGGAAUCGGGAAGCCGGGAAUGCCUGGGAUGCCAGGAAAGCCAGGCGCCAUGGGGAUGCCGGGAGCGAAAGGUGAAAUUGGACCCAAAGGGGAGAUAGGGCCCAUGGGCAUCCCGGGGCCACAGGGCCCUCCAGGUCCUCAUGGACUUCCGGGCAUUGGGAAGCCGGGGGGCCCGGGGUUACCAGGGCAGCCAGGUGUAAAGGGCGAGCGAGGACCCAAAGGACCCCCAGGCCCUGCCGGCCUCCAGGGCCCUAAAGGAGAAAAGGGCUUCGGGAUGCCCGGUUUGCCCGGCCUGAAGGGGCCUCCCGGGAUGCACGGUCCCCCUGGCCCCGUGGGCCUCCCCGGCGUGGGCAAACCCGGGGUGAUAGGCUUCCCCGGCCCCCAGGGUCCCCUAGGAAAGCCAGGUCCUCCGGGCCAACCAGGGCCACAAGGCCCCAUUGGGGUGCCAGGGGUCCAGGGACCUCCUGGGAUGCCCGGAGUUGGAAAACCAGGCCAGGAUGGGCUCCCUGGUCAGCCAGGAUUCCCGGGGGGCAAAGGGGAGCAAGGGCUGCCCGGGCUGCCAGGACCCCCCGGCAUUCCAGGGAUCGGGAAACCAGGCUUCCCCGGGGCCAAAGGUGACAAGGGCAUAGGGGGUCUGCCGGGGCCGCUUGGGCCCCGAGGGGAAAAGGGCCCUGCAGGGCCCCCGGGGAUCGGGGGUCCCCCUGGAGAACCAGGACUGCCGGGACUCCCGGGCCCCAUGGGCCCUCCGGGCGCUAUUGGCUUUCCAGGCCCCAAAGGAGAGGGUGGGAUUGCGGGGCCCCAAGGCCCCCCGGGGGCCAAGGGGGAGCCAGGGCUGCAAGGCUUCCCGGGGAAGCCCGGUUUCCUGGGAGAAGUGGGGGCCCCAGGCAUGCGGGGUUUGCCAGGCCCCUUGGGGCCCAAGGGGGAAGCGGGCCACAAAGGUUUGCCCGGGCUCCCGGGGGCGCCGGGGCUGCUCGGACCAAAGGGAGAACCCGGCAUCCCUGGAGACCAGGGGUUACAGGGGCCCCCGGGCAUCCCAGGGAUCGUAGGCCCCAGCGGCCCCAUUGGGCCCCCGGGAAUUCCAGGCCCCAAAGGGGAGCCAGGCCUCCCCGGGCCCCCAGGGUUCCCAGGGGUGGGGAAGCCGGGAGUGGCAGGGCUGCACGGCCCCCCGGGGAAGCCGGGGGCCCUUGGUCCUCAAGGCCAGCCUGGCCUCCCGGGACCCCCCGGCCCUCCAGGACCCCCAGGGCCCCCGGCCGCAAUGCCCCCGACACCACCGGCCCAGGGAGAGUAUCUGCCAGACGUGGGGCUGGGGCUCGACGGGUUGAAACCCCCGCAUGCCUACGGGGCGAAGAAGGGGAAGGCCGGGGGUCCCGCCUACGAGAUGCCCGCGUUCACUGCCGAGCUGACCGCGCCCUUCCCGCCCGUCGGGGCGCCCGUGAAAUUCGACAAGCUGCUCUACAACGGCAGGCAGAACUACAACCCGCAGACGGGCAUCUUCACGUGCGAGGUACCCGGGGUCUACUACUUCGCCUACCACGUUCACUGCAAGGGGGGCAACGUGUGGGUGGCCCUGUUCAAGAACAACGAGCCCAUGAUGUACACGUACGACGAGUACAAGAAGGGCUUUCUGGACCAGGCGUCCGGGAGCGCCGUGCUGCUGCUCCGGCCCGGGGACCGCGUGUUCCUCCAGAUGCCCUCGGAACAGGCCGCCGGCCUCUACGCCGGCCAGUACGUCCACUCCUCCUUUUCAGGAUAUUUAUUGUAUCCCAUGUAAAAACAUACACAACAUAAAUAAACAAAUAAGAGAGAGAGAGAGAGAUCGAAUAGAAGAAAAGAACACACCGCCACAAUCGGAUGGGUAAAUGUAAUGAAUUGCUUUAAAACUUGUAUUUAGUCGAAAAGUUCUAUUUAACUGAAAGUUUGAACCCUCGUGUACAAAUAAAAAACUGAGAUGCAGUUGUAAGACUCUGCACAGCCGCCGCUGGUAGUUAAAAGUGAUGGGAGGGGUGUAGGCAUCAAGUUAUACACACACACACACACACACACACACGUGUGGGUCCCACUGGGCUCAUCAGAUCAGCUUCCACGUUAACCUGUUCAUUCGGAGCCAACAUACCAUUUCCACAUGAAAGACCCUAAGCUAAGGAACACAACUCACUCUGUUGUUCUCUUUAAAGUAUCUAUGAAUACGGCCUCACACAAUGUCAGUGAUGGCCCUUACAUACCGUAUUGACUUGCAUCAUUGCCUCCCGUUGUGUAGCUACUGGAAGAGAGCUGAUGGCCAUAUGGGAGAGGAACUCUACAAGAGCUACUGCCCCAGGGGGGAGGGAUCAUGAGAGGGCUUUAGGCCACGGGAUUGUUCUCUCUUGUCAGUGAUGGAAUCUUUUAGGAAAAAAAAAAAGAAGAAAUUCUACUCAAAAUCCGGUCUAGUGUCUCUGAACAAGCAAACCCAUCAGCCAUGUGAGUGCCUUACCUGGGCCUAGGCCUGGGUGAGCUGUUUGUUUGGGAAUUAUUACAUGCCUCUCAGAUCCUAACAAAUACCUAGGAGAUGGACCAUAAUUAGAUCAUUUUUUUUUUCCCUCAAGGGUUCUUUUGUUUUUGUGUUUGUUUGGGGGCCACACUCUGGUGCUCUACUUGGCUCAGUGCUGGUGGUUGUUAUGGGUGAAGCCUGCCUGUCCUAGGUCUCUAAGUCAUCUCUCCAUCCCUGUUUGUGACUUCUUUUCUUAUUUUUUAUCUUCCAAUUAAUUCUCACCAUGUCCAGCUAAUAUAAAUAUUUAAAAGUCAUUCAAAAAUUAAUAAUAAUAAUAAUAACGCUUGCCCUAUAAAUGUCCCGCCUUUCUCUUUUCACCCAAAUGACUAUAGUAAGAUUUUUACCCAUGAGAGGAAUAUCACUAUUUUUGUCAGCCAUUGAAUGCCAAAGAACUGUCCUUGCUUAGAACUUAUGCAAAUUAGUGACUUCUGAGUUUGUAAAGUCAAUUUUUAAAAUCCAAAUCAUCCUUCAUUUUUUCUUUUUCCUUUUUUUGGUUUUUGGGUCACACCUCGCAGUGUUCACAGGUCACUCCUGGCUUUGCACUUAGGACUUACUCCUGGGGAGGCUUGGGGGGCCACAUGGAGUCCUGGGGCUGGAAUGCCGGUCAGUGGUGUGUAAGGCAAUGCCCUGCCUACUGUUCCAGCCCCAUGUUUCCUUGUGCAAGGCAAAGUGUAAGAAUUGCAUAGAAAAAUUCCUUUUGAUGAAAAACUAACUUUUGAGAUUGUAAAUUUAAUAUAGCUGUUCUACUUUCUAGGAGAGGAAUAAAGUUGUACAAGAAGAGUUGUUUCUUUAGAAGCAAUUUGUAAAAGAUCUAACUGGAACAUUAUGAGAAAUGUUAGUCUAUGCUUUUGAGGUCACCUCCUAUUCAGCACAAAACGAACUUAAAAGAAAAAAAUUCAUAUUUUUCUAGAUUUCCACCUAGUGUCAUACCAACUAUCUUAGGUAUUCAAGUCGGGUCUCCAACACAGACAGAACAGUUCAGUUCAGUUAUGAGUUGUGGUUGCCACUCGAAGCCUCUGGGGAACUAAUACAGGGUUAUGGUUGUAAGUCGCAUGGUUUUUAUCCUGAAAAUUAAGAGUGAGUAUCGAGGGGAUUGAUACAGAGAGGAAUGAACAAAUAAAUACGGUCUAGCCAUCCAUGCGAAUGCGUCUAUGUCAAAUCUGAAUUAUUUCAACCAGUCAGUAAAUUCUACUCCACCUAAUAUGUCUUUUUCUUACACAGUGUAUGAGCAUCAAUUUUAUCCUCAAUUUCUGAAAAAGAGAAGUGUGUUCAUUAUCGUUUGGGCUCUUAUUCAUAGUUAGCUACACAAAAAACUUAUCCCAUCCAAAGUAUGUUUAACUCUAUGUUUAUUUUCAAAGCAUACAACACUGAUGUGGCCGAAUACCCUUUGCGGUUGCUCUUGAAGAUGCUGGUUUUGGGUUGUUGACUGUGGAGCAACAUGAAUUGUUGGGUUCCUUCUGCUGAGUAACUGUAGCUGUAUUUAUCUGUACAUGUAUGGACUUAUUACCUUACACCAAAUAAGACAGUUUGUUCUUAUUUGUUCCUGUUCAGUUAAGAGCAAAUUUCAAAAUAUCUUCCAACUUAUUUAUUGGUUGUUAAUCAAUUAUCUAUAUAUAUAUAAGUAUGUGCGUAUGUGUGUAUUAAUGAGGCAUAUGCUUCAAACUUUUAGAAGAAACAGAUUCUAUGCCAGAUACUGUAUAUUCUACAAUGGUGCUAAUCUCAGAGUUAAAUGAAUUUUCCCCAUUUAAUUUAAAAAAAAAGAGUUUUAAAUAAUUAUCUAUGUGUCUGGUUCUCUUUGGAGUAUUGCAUAUCAUGUUACCACAUUAGUUUAAAAGCAGAUGAGACACCCGCAUGUCCCAAAAUCUAGGAAUAGUGCUAUAAUUUCUAUGUAAUUCAAAAUCAUCUAGAACUUUUCCAUGUAAAAUGGACCAAACUGGCAUUAUUAUUAUUAUUAUUUAUUACAGAGUUUUAAUGAAGUAUGACAUCCCACAAGGGAAAAGAAUGUCUGUAAUAAAUGACUGUUCUCAAAUAAUUUACAAAAUUCCAAGAACGAUCAACAGACUUUUUUUGUGUUUCCAAGAUAGAUUUGAGACUUAUCGAUAUGAAAUCAAUUUUGUAUUUAAAUGUUUGUACUAAUUUGAAAAAAGUCUUAU